AUGUUGCUCCGCUUACUGAUAAUCGCACUCGCCCAUGGUGUCUGGGCCAAACCCGAGGAUGGGCGGUGUGUAACGGCUGUCUACACGGCAUACAACUACAUAUCGUUUGCUGGCGUUCCCACAAAAGGGAAAGACAAAUGGGAAUCGCAAUGCCGGAAUCCGCUCGAAGUCACAUCGAUAUACGCCGCAUCGGACAUAUAUUGUAAUGAGCGGGAACGGGCGAUAGGCUUGACUCAGCUGGCCGACCAGUGCCAAGAAUUUGGGAACUUAGAGCUGCUGUCGAGAGAAGCCGUCGCUAAAAAUCUCACAGAGGAUGCAAUAAGGAAUAUGAAAACGGUCGACUAUCAAGAGUUGUCCCGAGGUGAAACAGUGGAUGCCCCCAUCCUUCUUUCUGCGUCUUACUUUGACCUAAUGUUCAAUACGAUUGAUUCUUGGGAAUUUGAAACUUGGUCACAUCAUGCAUUUAGUUAUAUUGGCUAUGCAUACUGGGGUGGCAUACUGUCACUGGGGAUGGUCUAUCGCUUGAGUGAUUGGUUAUUCUACCGCCGGCAACGCCGUGCAGAGCGUGCACUUGAAUCCAAUAUGUAUCCUCUCAUAAGGUUGUUAGAACAUAUCCCGCUGGUAGGCACAUGUCUUCAUUGGGUCCGGACUCAUAUCAUGAUUCCAGCGCCUUUGGCAACAACAUACGGUCGACACCUGCUAGGCUUCACGUUCUCUACCAGAGUCGAGGCGCUUAUAGUCAUGGGAUUUUGGACGCUCAGCAUCGUAUUGAGUGUCGUGGGCUAUCGGACUUUCCCCGGAAACAUUUACUGGCCUGACAUUCCAAGCCAGAUUCUGCGUUAUUCUGCAGACCGUACUGGGAUCAUGUCAUUUGCGAAUUUGCCUCUUUUAUGGCUCUUUGGAGGACGAAAUAAUAUCUUCCUGUGGGCCACCGGAUGGAGCUUUGCAUCGUUCAAUAUAUUCCAUCGUCAUGUGGCCCGGGUAGCUACUGUACAGGCAACAGUGCACUCUAUUCUUUACGUCGUCAUGUUUAUUCAAACCGGAAAAGCUUGGAGAGGUCUGUCGAAGACCUAUGUUUUGUGGGGAAUUUUAGGCACAUUUGUGAUGACGCUGCUGUUGAUCACCUCAUUGGAUCGGAUUCGUAUUGCGACAUAUGAGCUCUUCUUGAUUGCUCAUGUCGUGCUUUCGAUCAUCGCACUUGUCGGGUGCUUUUACCACACGAUUGUAUUCGAAGGGAAUGAAUAUUGGAAGUACCUGUGGCCCUCGGUGAUUUUAUGGGUGGUUGAUCGCUUCCUUCGAAUCGUGCGACUGUGUUACUGUAACCUUCACGUGAGUAUUUCAAAUGGAAGGAUUGUGAAGGUCUCUAUGAGCCGCAUGAUUUACAACGAAGCGACCGACGUGGUGCGGUUAGAGGUCACACCCGGAACGCCUUCCCUUCAACCUUCACCAGGACAGUACUAUUACUUAUACCAACCCUUUCGGCUUACUGGCUGGGAGAGCCAUCCUUUUACCGUUGGAGCUUGGUCUUACGAAAUAGGGAACCAGAACUCAUUGGCCCCGGCAUCCAAGGGAAAGUCGAUCAAAUUGCACGAUGUUUCGCAUGUACCGCUCCUUGCAGGUAGUGCCUCCGACCAGGAUUACCAAGGCAACUCAGGAAGUGGCUCAUCGGGUCAAGCAGAAUCGCUGAGGUUGAAACUGACAUUCUGGGUCCGCCCGUAUGACGGUUGGACCAAACAGUUGCGCCAGCAAUGUCUGAGCUCACCAGGCAAGACAAGCGACACAACCAUUCUUCUUGAAGGACCCUAUGGGGAAGCCUUUCCACUGUGGAGGUACGAAUCAGUCUUGAUUAUCGUCGGUGGGACGGGAAUAGCGUCGGCUGUGCCUUAUAUUCAGGAUCAUCUCCGCCGAUCUGUUGAAGACUGGGACGAAAGCCCCGAAAAUGAGAAAACACGAGUCAGAGACAUGGAGCUUGUUUGGACCACUAAACAAGCAGCGUUCAUCCAAGAUGUUUCUCGCCGGGAACUGAAAGGCGCCCUCGAACGAGAGGAUUUCCGUGCCUCUUUCUACGCUACGCGUGAUUCGACCACAUGCUCGGGAAAUCCUACCGAUUUUGGACUCGAUAUCCAGUCAGACCGACCUCACCUUCAAUCUCUGAUUAUGAGUCGGGUCUCCGAUGCGUGCUCAGCCGGUGGUAGCCUUGCGAUUCUCGUAUGUGGCCCACCUAGAAUGGCGGAUGAAGCACGUGCCGCGGCACAUCUUGCGAUGCGACAAGGCCACCGCUCUAUUAAAUUUGUGGAGGAGUCUUUUACGUGGUAG